AUGCGCGCUAGCCUAAUUUCAGUAAUCAUCUGCUCAUCGCCCGCGAUCGCCAAAGUGAUAGCGUGCACCCGAGUCCAACGGAACUCAUCGUGCAUCAUCGAUGGCGUAUCGCUGGUCGACCCAUUGGAUGAAUAUUCCACCGUAUUUCCGACCUCAACGCACAUAAUUAUAGAAUCCAGCGAAAUUCUCCAUUUCUCGGUCCAUCUGUUCGAAGCACUCGACGAGACGGCGUUCCUCACGCUCAAGGGCAGCUUCAUCCCGGCGGUUACGUUUCGCUCCGAUGGCUUACAUUCCCUUCGCAUCGAUAAUACGGAGCUGCGCGAGUUUGCGGUGGGUCCACAGGAAAACCGUAACCUUAACACGCUCAUUAUCAACGGCAACCCCCUGUCGACCAUUCCGCCAACCAUUCGGCACCUCGUGGGACUCUCGAUUCUGGACCUCUCGAACAAUCAGCUCGAGCACGUCAAUCUCAACUGGUUCCAGGUGAUGGACAAUCUGCUCGUGCUCGACCUUUCGGGCAACCGAAUAGUGCGGCUCGAUGUCCACCCGGCACUGCGCCUUGGUCGGCUGAAGAACCUCUGGGUCAGUCACAACCAGCUGCGUCAGAUCGACUUCUUUCCAAGCGUUUUGCCCUCAUUGCAGCGCGUACGGCUUGUAGAUAACCAGUGGAGCUGUGAGUGGGUGGCACGCGUCCGUGAGUCCAUCUGGAACUUGGAUAUUCAGGUGUACGGUGCGGAACAUGCGUGUUCGGAAAAGCUUGAUGGAGGCAUCUGCUGUUACGAAGACAAUGCCCCUUACGCCACCGUGCCGAGUGCUGUCGAAGAGGUGGUGUUUUUGGGAAGAACCAGCCGUCUAGGUGAAUCGCAACCUCGUGCCGAACGUCUGUUUGCUCCAGAUGACAAACAUGAAGAACAUCAGCUCAAGCUGCUCAAGCAAUCGUACAACGUGCUGGAGCAGAAGUACCGCAGAUUGGUCGAGGAGAAAGAUCAGCUCGAAAGGCGCUUCGUGAACACGGUCCGAGAGCUGGAGCGAACUAUCAAACGUUUGACGGAUGAACUGACAGAUGCCCAGGAUGCGGCCCGAUUGCGCCGUCCGAAAGAAGGAUAAUCGGUUCCUAGCUCGGUAGGGUUCUCACUGUUGUGCAUCUUAUUAGUACAUGGAUUAGUUUACGAGCAAGUUGUCACGCUUUUGAAUGAAUAGAUCUGUGCCA